GGUUUCUACAGAGCUUCGUUUUGAAAGCCCUUUGCAAGAGUGGAAAGAUGGCCCAUGCCCGGAUCUCCAUGUACAUGCCCCCUGACAUCAACCCCACCCAGGCUGCCAUUGCUUAUGGCUGUCGGGCCCUGCCCAAGCUGAAUGAGGAGCUGCAGUCAGAGGACCUGGAGAUGAGGCAGAAAGCCCUCAUGGCCUUGUGUGACCUCAUGCACGACCCUGAGUAUGUCUACGAGGCCAUCAACAUAGGCUGCCUGGAGAGUCUGAAAGCUUUGCUGAAGGACAGUGACCACAUGGUGCGGAUAAAGACCACCGAGGUGCUCCACAUCAUGGCAACCCAUAACGUGGGCAGAGAUGGCUUUUUAGAGCACGAUAUCAUCCCUGCCCUGGCCCUCCUGUUGAACGAUCCCCAACGGACCUGCCGGGAGAACCUGCAUCAGACCUACAAGCAACUGGCCCAGCUGCCUUCAGGGGCCCAGGGCAUUGUAAACAACAGCCUGAUCCCCUCGCUGGUGUGGAAGCUGCAGAGGGAGGAGGAGAAUAUACAGGAGCUCAUUCUGGACACACUGGCCCCCUGCCUGCAGGAGGAUGCCACUGAAGCACUGAGCAGCCAUGCGGUGCCCUUCCUAAAGCAGAAGCUGCUCAGCACCAACCAGAACAUCCGCAGCAAGGCUGCCCACGCACUUAUCGCCAUCAGCAUCCCCUUGGAGGGCAAGAACCAGGUGUGGCAGCAUGACGUCAUCCCCAUCCUGGUGCAUCUGCUGAAGGACAAGGAGGAGGAGGUGCAAGCCAACGCUGCUGGGGCGCUGAUGUAUGCCACAGUGACCACUGAAGGGAAGUAUGCAGCGCUUGACGCAGAAGCCAUCCAACCACUCCUGCAGCUGCUGUGCUCGCCCAUGAAAAAGGUGCGCCUGAAUGCUACCAAGGCCCUCACUAUGCUGGCUGAGGCCCCCGAGGGCCGCAAGUUACUACAGGCCCAUGUGCCAGUCUUCCGUGUCCUUAAGGAGGAGUCCAAUGAGGUUGUACAGCGGGCGGCCCAGAUUGCCAUCCAAGUCAUUGAAUGGAAACCCUGA